GAAUGAUUUGCCUACGAGAUCUAAAAAAAGGAUAGUUUUCCAUCUAAUCAUCCAUUAAACCCUAGUCCAAAGGAUAUCGUUUUGCCGUUCAGCCCUGCAGUCUAGUUAUUAAAACUUAAAAGCGCCAGUUUUACAUUACAGAUACAGAUAAUUCGAGGGCCUUCAAACCAGAUCUGAUUGGGUGUUGACUGUUGAGAGAUCGGCAUGGAUGAAGAGGAGCAUGAGGUUUACGGAGGAGAAAUACCGGUUGAAGGAGAAGAGGUAGAACAUCACGGCGCCGACGUAGACAUGUCCGCCGCCGACGAAGACGCCGUCAAGGAAUUGGAUGAGAUGAAGAAAAGACUGAAGGAGAUGGAGGAAGAAGCAGCAGCUCUUCGGGAGAUGCAAGCCAAAGUUGAGAAGGAGAUGGGUUCUGCUCAAGGUGAAGCAGAUCCAGCAAGUGCUGCUUCUCAGGCAAACAAGGAAGAGCUUGAUUCACGAUCAAUCUUUGUUGGCAAUGUACGAACCAAACUCCACUUAUUUUAAAUACCUUAUGUAAAUAUAUGAAACAGCUGGUCUAUGAAGUCAUUGCAUGAAACUUCGGUUUAGAUACUUAUUUUUGUGAUUUUUUCUCAAUAGCUACGGUACUUGAUUUUGUCUUCAAACUGAUACUUAUAUGAUGCCAAUCCCUUCAUUGUUAUGUUUCUCGCCACAUGAUUAGUGUUUAUGUUUUUCCCUGAAAUGUACUUUGUUUGAAAUGCUUUUGUUUUUGUUUUUUUACAAUAAACUAGUAGCAUAGUUUGAUUAUUGGUUUUCAUAACAGUGAAGCAGUAAAGCUGAUCUCGAUGAAUUAAAAUUAUUACUACCACUCCAUUCCUAAAGAAGUCAUACUUUGACUACGUACAAAGUUUAAUUUAGUAAAAAUGGUGUGGUUAAGAUUUAUUGUGAAGAGAGGAAUAAUAUGGACCUCACAUUUUUUUCUUAAUUGGAAAUGGGUGAUAAUUUUGUACUGAAAAGGAAAGCAUAAAGAUUAUUUAGGGACUGAGGGUGUAGUAAUGAUAUUAAUAGUGAUGAUUUUUUCUUAUAAUGGCAUUUUUUCAACAGUGUAUUGAAGAGUCGCGGCUAUGUGUGCAUAGUAGUUACCUCUGCCCCCUUUUCUUUUAUAGUUAUAUGUAUGUCCUUUUUAUUCCAGAAAUGCUUAAGCCCCAUCUUGGUGCAGUCUUUGUCUGACUUUUGACUGUUGCUUUUGGAGUCAUGGCUUAACCGUAUUUCGUUAUGAUCGCAGGAGUUCUUCCUUAUUACUGAAUAGAGACGGGCCUUUUUUCCUAUUCUUUUUACGGUGGAAGGAAGUGGUUGUGGUUUAAGAUGGGCUUGCAUUUGUAGUAGUAUUUGUAUAUGGAUGUUUGUGCCCCUAAAAAAAGCGUAAUCCCCAAAUUUGAAAAAUUGAUUGAGGGGGAAAAACAAAGCUGUAAAAAAAUGAAAAAAAUAUUGGGAGUCCCCAUAGAGUAAAAGCAAAUUUGGUGAGAAUUGAAAAAAGAGUAUAUUGAUUGGGGACCUAAAAAAUUGAAUAAAAAAUAUGAAAAAAGUACAUGAGCUUAAAAGUAUACCAUAUUUUUGGGGCACGGAUGGAUAUUGUGUUGGUGAGAGUAUGUGACUUAGAUAUCACCUGCUUAUCAUGCAAGAAGACAAACUAUUGUCAUUAAAUUGCAAAAGCCUUAGCCCUUGCAAUGGCAAUGCUAGUUGCUGUGUCUGAUUGCUGCUGGCAGCUGGUGGACAUUUGUUUGACUUUCUCUUAAGCAUGGUCUGGUGAGGUGUCGCUACUUGCCGUUCUGCCUUUGUUAUCUUUGUUGCUCUGCCCUUGCCAAAAGCAUUGAUAUCAAACUAUUCAAGAUGUGUUUUUAGAGCCUUGCUUUCUAUGGUGUAAUGUGGCGGUUGACUAUGCAUGCACUCCAGAGGAAGUUCAGCAACAUUUUCAGGCUUGUGGUACAGUUAAUCGAGUCACUAUUCUGACAGAUAAGUUUGGUCAGCCUAAAGGUUUUGCAUAUGUGGAAUUUGUUGAGCAAGAAGCUGUUCAGGAGGCACUUCAGUUGAAUGAAUCUGAGUUGCAUGGGCGCCAGUUGAAGGUCAUGCCUAAGAGGACCAAUGUUCCCGGUAUGAAACAAUUUCGCGCAAGACGAUUCAAUCCGUAUAUGGGUGGGUACAGGUUCAGGAGACCUUACGUACCAGCCCCGUACUUCUUUCCCCCAUAUGGAUAUGGAAAGGUCCCUAGGUUCAGGAGGCCAUCUCCAUACACACCUUAUUGAAUGUUAAAGAUCUCUGGGCAUUGUUGAAGGCAAUGAAGCUAAAUCUAAAGACGCCUGGGGUCACUAGUUGGUAUCGCACGGUCUGUGUUUAUUUGUUUUUCUUUCAGUGGAAGCGCCGAGUGUAGUAAUGUUGCCUCCCUAUCCAGUAUAAUUUUCUCUCCCAAUAACUUUUCUUGUGGUGAACUGUUUUAAUACGAUUCUUUUUGGGUUUUUUAUAUAGCGUGAUGAGUGUUCUUCAUUAUUAUUACAUGCAGUAUCUUUAAGCCACCCUAAUAAUCAAACAGCACAAUAUGCGUCAUGCCCGUUGCGACUGGGUAACAAUAUGUUGGUUGCCACAUAACACCAAUAUUUUAUUUCGAUCAUGUACUUAUUAUACGUUAUUAUAAAUUUGAUCUUGAGUGGCAAUAAGUUAAUUAGCC